CUAAUAGCUCAUACAGAGGAUAAUUUUCACAAUAAAUCAUAUUUUCUUUCAAUGUUUUUAUUUCAAUUCAAAUUUCUUUUUGUUGUCAUCACUACCCGUCAAACAAAAUUAAAUUUAUCAACAAACAUGUCAAAGGUAACAAAAAAUUUCAGCGUAUGUUAAGUUUUUUUUUUUCAAUGACAGAACACCAUAUUUUUGGAUACGUUCCCAUAAUCAGAGGCGCAGGGAAGUGGAUAUUCUGAGAAAUAAAAAUAAUCAUUAUCAUCUUUUCAAAAGGGAUAUUCAUGGAUAUAUUACGUAGAUUUGUGUCAAAUCUGCAGCCAAGAAAACAUUUACAACGCACAAACUCCCUAGACAGUUUUCACGAAGAGAAAAUAGUUGAUCGUUACAAGACUUUUAAUCGACCGCAUUCAUUAGACGAGAGUCCCAUUCACGGUACAAAUCUCAGAAAAGAUGAAAGCGAUUUCAGGCAACAGAGAAGUGACUGGAAAAAGGGGAUUUUAGAGAAUGUUGCAAAAAUAAUUCGACAAGGUAUUCGUGAAGGAGAUAGAAUUAAAAUAGAAAAAUCAUUGUUAUAUGCGACUGGAGAGGAAAUGAGACGUAUUUGUAAGAAAUUUUGCACAGAGAAUCCUGAGAAAUGUUUGGCUAGCAGUGUCAUUAUAGACAAAUUGAAAAGUGCAAUUUUAAAAAGUAUCGAAAACAAAAGUGAUAUUAUGCAUAUAUGGGUAGGUCGACAAAACCAAACAUCCCGAGAAAUUGAUACAGUAGUACUCGUGACAAGAACUUCAAAAUCAUUUAACCUAGGCGAUGAAAUAUGGGGACUUAAAAUAAUAGUGCGAGUUUUCGAUACCUGUAACGAUGAAGCAUCAGACUUGUUGAUUCAUGACAUAAAUGAUUCUAUAGGCUCUUUAAGUGUCAAACUUACAGAUUUCGAUAUAAGUUCCCUUUUUAGCAAACAUAGCAAUAUAACAUUGAUAAAUACAUCUAAUGUGUGUUCUGUUGGUUACAAAAGUAAUGCCAGAAUAGAAAGGAUUCCUUCGAUAGUUAUCCAUUGCCACAUCAAAGGAGUGAUACCAAUUGGAGAGGAUGCUUUUCCAAGGAGAAUCGGUGGUCAUCGAGUAGACGUUCGUGAAGCUGUGUGUAACUUCGCGGUAAAUCCGGCUAAAAUAAGUGAAAGGAUAGGAACCGAGGGUUCUGUAAGGACUGGAACUCUUGGUGGUUUUGUAACAUUGCAAAAUCCAGAGAGACAGGCCUUCCUUACGUGUGCACAUGUCGUUUUACCAGUUGAUGUGCUGAAGAAUGAUGAAACCCCUGAGUAUGCAAGGAGACGAGAGAUAAAUGUUGUAGAUAGAAGCGGAAUGCAGUUUGGAAAAGUUCAGGAAGCUGAAUUUAAACAUGGACAAGCACGCGAAGUUAGCAUAGAUGCUGCUUUAGUUGAAAUUACUGAUCAGUAUCGAUAUCCGUGUGAUGGAAACUUUGCACCAGUGUUCACUUCCGAACAAAUAAUGGAGACAGGGUUUUCUGAAAACAAUAUGCCACAGUUUGAAAAUGGGGAAAUGGAACAAAUCAAGAAAUUUAAUUUUCGAAAACCAGUGUUAAAAAUUGGAGCCAAAAGUGGAUUAACAAUUGGUUAUCUGAAAAUCGGAAGGAGUUGUGCAAGAAUACAUGAUUAUGAAGUAGAAGUAGGGAACAAUUUUUCUACAACGCUUUACAAGCAAAUGGAAGUUAUUCCACAAUUCGAUCUUUCUCAAACGUCCGAUUCAAGGGAACCGUUUUUAGAUUACGGAGAUUCUGGGUCGUUUGUUUAUUUUAUAUCACAAGAAAACCCCGUAGUCCUCAAAUGUAUAGGAUUAGCCGUCGCGAAAACGUCCCAUGGAACUUGUUUGAUGACACCCAUAGACAAAGUGUUUGAAGCACUUGAUCUUCCAUUUAAUUGUUUGUCAAAAUUCAGUAAGAAAGAGGCUCCGAUAGAAAGGGUUUCCGAUUUGUCAUCUAAACUCGAUUACAUUUUAACGAAAAUGGCAACAAAAGACGACAUCCAAAAGAUAGAAGGGGAAAUUAGCACCAUGAAGGAGAGGUUUUCUGCUACAGAGUCUAAUGUGAAGAUACUUUUACAGAGAAAUGAGGAGGAAACAACUCCUAAGGAAAAGUGAAUGUUGCUUUAGUUUGUGAAUAUAAUUUUGUAAAUAGUUCAAUGCAUUAUAAUUGCGUGCAUUUUUGAAACUGAUAAUCUUUUGCCAUCAUACGUGUAACUCUUUUAGGUGCGAUACAUAUGACAUGUACCUAACAUUUAACAUUUCGUUUAAAUUUACCAUGCACAUCUACAAAUGCCCCAGCUAACUUUUGAAAUGAAGUUUUUGAAAA